AUGUUAAAAGACACAGAAAGAUUAAGUUCACCUGUUGACAAAAACCCUCAGAGCUUUGAACAACUUGACAUUGACCAUGACCUUGAAAACACUGUGGACAUCAAAAGUAACAAUGCUGAUGAAGGCCUUAAAAGACAAUUAAAACCUCGUCACAUGCGAAUGAUUGCCGUCGGAGGUUGCGUUGGAACAGGACUUUUCGUUGGUUCCGGGAAUGCGCUAGCAGACGGCGGGCCAGCUAGCAUCAUCAUAGCGUUCGCCAUCAUUGGACUCUACGUCUUGUUUACCACAAGUGCUCUUGCUGAACUUUCAGUUCUCUAUCCCGUCUCUGGUUCAUUUUAUACAUAUUUCUCCCGCUUCAUCGAUCCAGCAUGGGGUUUUGCGGUAGGAAUCCAGUAUUGGAUAUCCUUUGCAGUUACAGUUCCGCUUGAGCUUACAGUGGCACCCCUUAUUAUUAAUGUCUGGCAUGCCCCUGGGCGUGCUUCUGUAUGGAUUACCGUCUUUUAUGUAAUAAUCAUCGGCAUCAAUAUUUGGGGAACAGCGGGCUAUGGUGAGGUUGAAUUCAUUUUGAGUAUUGUCAAACUUAUUGCUGUUUUUGGAUUCUUAUUCCUUAGUAUCAUUAUUGCUGCUGGAGGGGUGCCGACAGAUACCAGAGGUGUGAUUGGCGUCUCCUAUUGGAAAUCGCCUUUGACGUUUAAUAACGGAAUUAAAGGCUUUUGUGCUGUUCUUGUCAUAGCAAUCUUUUCACUUUCCGGUACAGAGUUAGUAGGAUUAGCUGCUGCUGAAGCAAAAGAUCCUCAUAAGACAAUUCCAAAAGCGGUCCGUCAAAUUUUCUGGAGAAUUCUUCUUUUCUACGUGUUAGCAUUAUUUAUGCUAACAUUGGUUAUACCUUCAAAUAACCCUAACCUACGCACCACUGGAGAAUCGGAUGCUCUUUUAUCGCCGUUUGUAAUCGCCAUUCAAUUAGCAAAUAUCAAAGCACUUCCCAGUAUUAUGAAUGCAGUUAUUCUCAGUUCUACUCUUUCGGUUGGCAACUCUGCAUCAUAUGCCGCCUCAAGAGCACUUUUCGCUUUAGCCAAAAAUGGUUUCGCACCAAAGUUCCUUAUGAAAACAACCAAAAGAGGGCAUCCAAUUUAUGCGAUAAUAAUUACUUUAUUACUCGGAAGCAUUGCGUAUUUUACAGAGGCAGGAGUGGGAGGUGCUCUCUUCGGGUGGCUUUUGUCUAUUUGUGGACUCUCGACUACCUUCAUUUGGGGAAGCAUUUGUCUUAGUCACAUUCAAUUCCGAAGAGCAUGGAAAGCACAAAAUCAUUCUUUGAAAGAACUUCCAUUUCUCAGUAUGUUUGGAAUUUAUGGAUCUAUAUAUGGAGUAGUCAUGACCUUUAUAGCACUUGCAGCCCAACUUUAUGUGGCUAUAUUUCCAAUUGAUAGGCCGCCAAAUCCAAUCAGUUUCUUCCAAGCGUAUUUAGCAGCUCCUUUGGUGGUAAUCAGUUAUACAUUUUGGAAACUCUGGAAGAAGACAAGCAUUGUCAACGUUAAAGAACUCGACCUUUUAGAAGGCAUGGAAACUGAACCAAAGGAUGAGCAGCAGGUAGGAGGAAAGACAUCAAUGGAAGAAAUUCUUCCCAUGGUACCAAGCAAAACCGGAAGUGAUAAGAGCAGUCAAGGUAGCAUUUGGAAAGAGAAAGACGAGACUAUUGUGACACCCGAGCCUAUAUGGCCCAACAAGCCUUAG